AGCUGUUUUCGACAAGCUCUCUGACUUCUGCAUCCACCUUGAUGGAGAUUCUUGAAGCCAUGAAGCAUCCUACCACAGGGAUCCAGCUGCUCUCUGAACAGAAGGGCCUCUCCCCAUCCUGUUUCAUCAGUGCAGAAGUUGUGCAUUGGCUGGUGAACAAUGUGGAGGGUGUGCAGACCCAGGCCAUGGCGAUUGACAUCAUGCAGAAAAUGCUAGAAGAGCAACUGAUUGUGCAUGCGUCCGGAGAAGCUUUACGAACCUUCAUCUAUGGCUUCUAUUUUUACAAGAUCGUUGUGGACAAAGAACCUGAGCGAGUGGGCAUGCCGCAGCCUGCCAUGUGGCACACAGCUGCCAUGGAUGACUUCUCCGCCUUCCAGAGGAAGUGGUUUGAGGUGGCGUUUGUGGCAGAAGAGCUCCUGCACUCCGAAAUCCCUGCCUUCCUCCUGCCCUGGCUGCCCAGCCGCCCAGCCUCCUAUGCAAGUAGGCACAGUUCCUUUAGCCGCAGUUUCGGAGGACGGAGCCAGGCAGCUGCACUCUUAGCUGCCACAGUGCCUGAGCAGCGGACGGUGACGCUGGACGUGGAUGUGAAUAACCGCACGGACCGCCUGGAGUGGUGCAGCUGUUACUACCACGGCAACUUCUCCCUGAAUGCUGCCUUUGAGAUCAAGUUGCACUGGAUGGCGGUGACUGCGGCUGUGCUGUUUGAGAUGGUUCAGGGUUGGCAUCGGAAGGCGACGUCCUGUGGCUUCCUGCUCGUUCCAGUCUUGGAAGGUCCGUUCGCUUUGCCCAGCUACUUGUAUGGAGACCCCCUCAGAGCUCAGUUGUUCAUCCCACUCAAUGUCAGCUGCUUGCUGAAGGAGGGCAGCGAGCAUUUGUUUGAUGGCUUCGAACCAGAAACCUACUGGGACCGUAUGCAUCUCCUCCAGGAAGCUAUAGCAUACAGAUUUGGAUUUGUGCAAGAUAAAUACUCAGCCUCUGCAUUCAACUUUCCAGCUGAGAAUAAGCCCCAGUACAUCCAUGUCACAGGGACAGUGUUUCUGCAGCUCCCCUAUUCCAAGAGGAAAUUCUCCUGCGGGCAGCAGCGGCGCCGGCGCAACUCCACGAGCUCCACCAACCAGAACAUGUUCUGCGAGGAGCGCAUCGGCUACAACUGGGCCUACAACACCAUGCUCACCAAAACAUGGCGAUCCAGUGCCACCGGUGAUGAGAAAUUUGCUGAUCGGCUGCUCAAAGACUUCACGGACUUCUGCUGGAACAAAGACAGCCGCCUCGUCUUGUUCUGGACCGACUGCCUGGAUAAGAUGCACGCAAGUGCUCCGUGAGAGGGGAUGGCAGCUCUUGUGGCUAAAAGCUCUACUGUGUGACAAGAAAGCAGUAGUGACUGGAAAAGAGCCUCUCUGUUGCUUUCAUUCUGAGGCUCAGAGGGGAUCUGAUCCAUAUUGCUGUUGAUAUUCAACAGAAUUUGAUUAAGUCACUGGAAAAAGACCCUGGGCUCUUGGCUUGCCAAUACCUAUUGCCUGAUCUCAGCUUGAUUUUAAGUAGCUGCAGCUCUUGAUUGCCAAAACUUGAGUUAGAGCAGAAGUAAAGCAGGGAGGGCAUGGACACUUUCCAAGGGCAGGUGGAUGCAGCA